AUGGGAUGCACCACUGCAGAUCGGGAGGCCAGGUUUCUUUCAUGGAAAGAGAUUGCGGCGAACAAAGCACAUUUGAGACGGCUUGCUUCCGAGCAAUGUAUCUUGGUUUGGAAUCAGUAUAAAAAUCUUGAUGAGUACCCGCCACUUUGGGGCGAUGAGGUUGAAUACCUCAUCGUGUCGUUAGACCGACAAAACAAGACGGCCACUUUGGCUUUGAAGCAGCACGACCUCUUGGAGAAAUGGGAGGAAUCUUCCAAAGAUGGUAAAAUGGCAUUCCAGUUGCAUCCCGAAUCCAUGAUGUUCAUGGUGGAAGGAGUGGCAGAGCCCCCAUUCGGAGACAGCUUCCAGGCUAUGUUGCAGGUGGAAAACAACAUGAGACAACGCAAAAAGCUUUAUUCCCAUGUUAUGUCGGAGGAUUUAUUUAGUCGUUUUGAACGGUCCAAAGUCCUCGCUGAUAACCUGCGAGGCCGACAGGGUAGGAUUGGCGAAGCAAACGUCCCAGUGUUUCAAGAUAUCCAUACGCCCUGGCCGUGGAAGGAUGGCUUAGCUCAUGGGGAAGAAAUGAAAGAAAACACACCAUUUCCACUUCCUGCCCCCACCCCUAACUGUGUGUUGCUCGAUCAUUUUGCUUGGAGUGGCGGAGCUUGUGGGCUACAGGUUACCUUUCAAGCCAAAAACCUUGACGAAGCACGCUCGCUACAUGAUCAGUUAUGUCCGUUGAGUGCCAUUAUGCUGGCCCUUACCGCCGGAAGUCCCUGUUACAAGGGAUACUUAGUCGAUACAGAUAGUCGCUGGCAUAUCACGAAUGCGUUGAAUGAUGAUCGAACAAUGGAAGAAAUCCUAAGUCAGAAUGAUAUGGAUAAGAAUAGAGUGGCUUCGCAGAUGCGAUGGUCCUUUAGUCCCGUAUAUGCCGGUCACGGUGAUCAUCUCCCAGAAGGAUACCAAUCCUAUAGCACUGGGGACGCGGAGACUCAAGCCCUAUUAGAAAAAGCGGGAAUGGACUCCACCCUCUCCGAAUUCUUCUCUCAUAUGCUGAAAUACGACCACUUGAUCUUAGACCCAAAGCAUCUGGAACCUGAGUCACCUCAAGAUACCUAUCACUUCCGUGCUCUCAUUGGUAGUCUCUGGCCUGAUAUCCGCUUUAAACCUCCACCGGAUGGAAGUGAUAUCGGAUGGCGCGUGGAAUUCCGUCCGAUGGAGGUUCAGAUAACGGAUUUCGAAAAUGCUGCAUUUGUGGUGUUCAUGGCGCUAAUGCGUCGUGCGAUUUCACAUUUCGAUCUCAAUUUGUAUCUUCCCAUGGAGCUUGUGGGUGAGAACAUGUGUCGAUCUGUCAUGAGAGACGCUGUUAACCGGAAUCAAUUCUGGUUCAGAGAAAGUGUUUCUAGAGACUCGAGGGAGUCGUCCCCCUCAUCAUCUAUGUCAGGCAGUGAAUCCGACUUUGCCCAGGGCUAUAGAGAGAUGUCACUAAGGGAGAUCGUGUGCGGGUCUGAUCAUUCUCUUAAGGGCUCUCCUUUCCCUGGAUUAGUCCCCUUGAUCCACUCCCUGCUAGACGCUGCCAAAUUGGACUCGGAAACUCGAAAAGUUCUCAAUGGUUAUUUGACAUUUGUGGCCAAAAGAGCAUCUGGAGAACUGUGGACGCCGGCGAAGUGGAUGAGACAUUUUAUUCAGACGCAUGAGAAAUACCAAGGAGACAGUGUUGUCUCGGAGGAAAUUUGUUAUGACUUGGUCUGUGCCAUUGAGGAUCUCACCCGACAUGACCUCCUUUGA